AUGAAGGCCAUUCCAUCUCUUGUUCUCGCCGGUGCCGGGCUGGCGCUCGCAGCCACCGGCAGGUCCUCGGGCCGCCGGGAUGCUUCCCUCUUCAAGCGCACCGGCUACAAUCUCUGCGAGAGCGACUGCAAUCUCGCCGGGAUGGCCUACCCCGACAAGCACACGCUCCAGCUGAUGCUCGAGAACUACUGGUCCGAGCAGUGCCCGCCCAUCUACAUCGGCAGCGACGCAAACGCGCCGACGGCCACGUCAAAGGUGUGCCUCGACAUCAUCGAUGCCGACGUCUACUUCAACUUCUCGUCGUUCCCGGGCUACACGUACCAGGACGCGGUCGUCACCUGGAAGCUGAUCGGCAACCUGGCAACGCCCGACCAGUGGAGCCCGCCGCCGCCGCCGGCGAGCACCGUGUCGUGCGGCCCCAACCCCAGCGGCGACGGCCUGGCGUGCAAGCUGCCCUUCAGCGACAUCCUCGGCGCGUCGGCCUCCAGCAGCAUCGAGGAACUGCUCGCGGGCAUGUGCCCCAACGGCGACAGCGCAGGGCUCGGUCUGUAUCUCGAGUUCGCCGGUGACGUGCUGUCCGCCGCGGACGGCUCGGUCGCCCAGUUCCACCAGUCGCCGCCCUGCACCGCGCGCGACGCCACCGGCCAGUGCACCGCCCGUGACACGAGCUACUCGUACAUCGAGAUGGCCUACCGCUGCUCCGUCUGCGACACCGCCCCGGCCUGCCCGACGUCGACCUCGACUUCGACUUCCUCGACCUCCACCACUACCUCCUCCACUUCCUCGACCUCCUCGACCACCACCACCUCCUCCAGGACGACCACCUCGACGCCCCCGCCCGUCGCCACCAGCUGCUCCGGCGGCACGGCCUUCGGCUACCAGCCGCCGGCGGGGACGACGCCGAAGUCGACGCAGCUCGACACGCUCUCCGGGCAAGGGUGCAACCGGUGGGGGUGGUACAUGACGCCGACGCUGGCGGAGCUGCAGGCAGGCAGCGUGUUCGGGACGCUGUACGUGGGCGCGGGCGGCAACGACAUCAGCAAGGCGACGAACGUGGGCAUCUGGAGCGCGGCGGCCGACGGCGCGGGCCGCGUGACGGUGGUGUACACGCUCAACCCCGGCUACGGGCUCGCCGAGGUCCACGUCGACCUCGCCUGCCUGCCGCUCGCCAAGUGCGCGCCCGGCCAGUACACGUUCGGCCAGUCCGGCCUGCGCGACCUGCCGACCUUCGUUGCUGGUGCUGGCGGCGAGCUCAAAUACCCGAGCUGUCGCGCCGGGUCUAAGGCUGCGCUGAUUGUGCAUGCUGCUGUGGAUGUUAUUGGUGGUGCGUGUAAGUGA